CAAGCGCCCAAACCCACAACAAAGCGCCGACACCUCUCCUCACCCGGGCGGCCGCCGCCUGUCCCCUUCAGCCCACCCAUGGCGGCGGCGAGCCAGAGUGACGCGCCCCGGCGGGAGCCCGGCCAGCGCCGUCCCAUGUGCGGCGUCUGCGCGAAGCCCCUGCGCCUCUGCCUCUGCGGCCGCCUCCGCUCCCCGCCGGUGGACACCGCCGUCGGCGUCACCGUGCUGCAGCACGCGAUGGAGGCCCACCACCCGCUCAACUCCACCCGCGUCGCGCGCCUCGGCCUCCGCAACCUCGCCGUCGCCCAGGUCACCGACGUCAACCACCGCGCCCACUUCAUCCUCACCACGCUCGAAGCCGGCGGCGCCACGGCGUCGGGUCCUGGAGGCGGUCCUUUAACCGCCCGUUCCGGAAAUCUUGCAUUUCCUCGUGAUGGGGCUUGUGGGAAAUCAGAUGGACAAGUUGGUGCGAGCUGCGAUUUUGAGGAGCCGUGGUUGAAACCCUCUGGUGAUUUGGGUGUGGAAGACGUCAAUUUUGGUGGUAGUGCUACAAGGGACACUUUGAAUCUUGGGGACGGCCAUGACGGGAUCUUCUGUGAUUUCGUAGGAGAGGUUGAUUCUCCUGAUUGUGCCCACAAUGGAUUCGAGAAGAUGAAGAGUGAUGGACAACCUGCAGAUCUUGAAAGGCCUAGCUCUGCUGCAAACCAGAUAGGGAACUCUGCUGUUGAUUCCGUUAAAGGUGAAACCAAUCAUCGAAGUGAGGUGGGGGUGACAUCUAAGGUAAAUGGUAAUUUGCAUCUUUCUGUAGUAGCAAAUGGCUCAGAAGUUCAUAGGAUGUCCAAUGAUUGCAACGGUAUAGGUGUAGAAAAAAUUGAAGUUGGUACUGAUAUUGGGCAAGAUUGGACCAGGAAAAGCAUGGAUAAGUGCACUAUUGCAUUCACAGACAAGGAACUAAGGAUUGAUAUUGAGCGUGGUGUGAAACCAAAAAUCAGAUGGUUAUCAAGAGGCCCGCUUGGUGAAGCAGCUGUCUCAAAUGGUUUUGUUGUGACAAAGGUACAAAAGAAGAAAUGUAAACUCACUGGGGAAGUAACAGAGUUUGAGGAAUUCUCAAUCACCAUACCGCCAAAAUCAGCUCUGCUAUUUCCGUGCCAGCGGGCAAUCAGCGUUGAUGCUUCAGGUUGUCAGGUACAGCAUUUGAUUGUGCUGGAUGGCACUUGGGCAAAGGCACAAAGGAUGUACCAUGAGAAUCCAUGGUUACAACUUCUGCCGCAUGUGAAGCUGGAGUCAGAUAGGGUUAGCUUGUAUAGUGAGGUGAGGCAUGAGCCAAGGGCUGGGUGCUUGUCUACUAUUGAGAGCAUAGUUGUUGCCAUGAGGAAACUGGGAGAGGAUUCAAAGGGAUUGGAUGAUCUCCUGGAUGUUUUUGAGUCAAUGAUUGCUGAUCAGCGGCGAUGCAAGGAUGAGAAUGUGAAGCAAAAGCUGAAGUCCUAAUCGUAAAAACAGGUCCUAUCGGUAGCCUGUUGUCUAACUUCCUGAUGACCUCUGGAUGCAUUUUUCAGUCCAGAUGGCAUAUAUUUGUUACUUCAUACUGAGAACUUUUCAUUGCUACAAAUUCAUAGGAGAUGUUUUUUUUAUUUAAGCUUUAUCUCCAUUUCCUGGAUACAGGGCAGAGCAUAUCAUUGUUGUUUUAACCUUACCUAUGAUCAGAUGUAACUCUUUUUUCAUUACUGCUAAGCUGGCAUGCUCAACUACGUUGUAUUAGAAUUGGACCGAUGGUACUCCCUUGAACGGGAUGAUGAUUCAUCAUAUAUGUAAUGUGGCACUGCAUAUCUUC